AGUAUGGAGCGACUAACCGGAAGUCCCAAAAAAGGAAAACCGGUUGUCUGCCUAACUUGACACAUGCCGACCACUGCUGAGACCUUCAAUGUUCGCAAGGAUUAUUCCACAAAGUAACACUCUUUUUUUCCGUGUCACGACAAACUUGCACACACACUCAGGGUCCACCAUGGAGCCUGUAGUGCACCAGGUUCGGCAUAAAGUCUUCCAGGGCCUCCACGGAAUUUCUCUGCUUUCCCGAAGGAACCAUUCUGUCUGUGCCGAGCGUUUGCAUACUCCUGCCUCCUCGCAGCCUAGGCAGAUAAAACCGCUCCUGGUGUCUCGUCUUUACCAGCCUUCAAACCUGCGCGACGUGGGUCCUGACAGCCGAAUGCAAGGAGAAGUGACUUGUAAGAGCCAGAGACUCAUGCAGAAAGCUGGACUUAUUUAUCCUUCCAAUCCAGGCUGCUACUACUACCUUCCUGCGACUGUGCGAGCGAUGGAGAAACUGGUGAGAGUGAUUGACCAGGAGAUGCAGCAGAUCGGUGGGCAAAAGAUAGACAUGCCCAGUUUGUGCUCAGCGGAUCUCUGGAGAACCAGUGAGCGUUGGGACCUAAUGGGAAAGGAGCUCUUCCGUCUGAAAGAUCGCCAUGAUGUUGACUACUGUUUGGGUCCCACGCAUGAGGAGGCCGUGACCACUCUGGUGGCUCACCAGACCACCCAGUCCUACAGACAACUCCCUCUGCUGCUGUACCAGAUCACUCGUAAAUUCCGAGACGAGCCAAAGCCAAGGUUUGGUCUUCUACGUGGACGGGAGUUCUACAUGAAGGACAUGUACUCUUUUGAUGUGAGUGAGGACGCUGCUUAUGAAACGUACGAGUCCGUGUGCCACGCGUACACUCAGGUCUUCGCACGACUGGGCCUGCGGUGCGUUCAAGUACAGGCCGACACUGGGAACAUAGGUGGAAAACUCUCCCAUGAGUUCCAGUUGCCUGCGGACAUUGGCGAGGACAGGCUUCUGGUGUGUGGCAGCUGCUCCUUCUCAGCUAACGUAGAGACCAUGGUGUCGGACAGAACUGAAUGUCCCCGGUGCAAAAAGAAUACACUCAUUGAGUCCAAGGGCAUUGAGGUGGGCCACACUUUUUACCUGGGAAAAAAGUACUCUAAUGCGUUCAACGCCACCUUCAUCAAUGCCCAGAACAAAGCGAGUGUUGCGGAAAUGGGCUGCUACGGCCUCGGAGUGACGCGUAUUCUCGCUGCGGCCAUUGAGGUGAUGUCGACUGAUGAAUGUAUUCGCUGGCCAGGUCUUCUCGCACCCUACCAGGUGUGUGUUUUACCCCCCAAGAAGGGCAGCAAGGCUGAUGAGGCGACGGCCGUGACUGAGGAGCUCCUUCACACUUUAGGAGAGACUUUGCCUCAUUUGAGAGGUGAGGUCGUUCUUGAUGACCGCACCCAGAUGACCAUUGGGAAGAGGCAAAAGGACGCCAGCCGACAGGGUUACCCUUAUGUCAUUGUGGUCGGGCAGGGGGCGCUAGAUCACAAUCCCAAGUUCGAGGUCAUCUGUCAGCAAACAGAUGAGACAAUGUUUCUUAGUAAGGAGGAAGUCCUACAACUUUUGGGGAAACUGGAAACCAUUUAAGUAAAAAUAAGGUGUACAUUGUAUUUAAUGUUCAAUUUAGGGCUGCACGAUUAUGGCCAGAAUAAUAAUCACAAUUUUAAACACUCUGGACGAACAUUUCCGGUUCAAGAACUAAAACAGGAAGUACAAUUUCAAUCGGCAGCACCUGCAGUGAGCAAACUCGUCCAAAGGAUGGCGCCAUAGCACAAACCAUAACACACCUUUUCAGUGUCUGUCGGUUUUCUACGAAAACUGUUGAAUACAAAACAUUAUGAAAUUAACAAAAAUCCAUAAAUUUGCUGCAAUGUUUUAAAAGCUGCAGGGUUCAAUGCGUGGGAAAAAGUAGUCCGGAAAAUACUGUAGUCAUUGUGUUAGGUAAAACCUACUUUUUUACACAGGUCAGCAAUUGACUUACAGUAAUGAUGUCAAUUGGUGAAUGUAUGUAUGAUCAUGAUGAUGUAAAAUAAUAACCUGCUCAAACAUUGCACAAACGUACGCAACAACAGCCAAUCAUGAGUAGACAUUUUCCCGCUCACUUCCGGUUGCAAUUUGCUGCAGAAAUAAGUAGGAAUGAGCGAAGUUGCAGCCAUUUGCGCAGCUGAGAAUCAGAAUCAGAAUAGUUUUUAUUGCCAUUGUUUGAGAACGGGUUCACAAACUAGGAAUUUUACUUGGUGCAAGCGUGCAACAUAAAACACAUGUAACACAGAAUAGAAUAACAUGAGCUGUAACUGAGCUAUCAGAUCUUGCUAUUGUUCAUGGGGCAGCAAAAUGAAUGCCAGCCAUGACUUGGAGGUGUACUCAGAAGACGAGGCUAUUGUUCAGAAAAAGAGCUAACUCUAUUCCAGUUGUCGCCAAAGUGAUAUGGAGAAAAUCCGGCAAAUGCACAUAGUAUGCACAACACAACCGGCAACACAACACAUGCAAUCAUUUGAAAAAGUACCACCCAACUGAUUGUACGGAAAUUGUGAGCUGAUUCUGUACAACUUCUUCCUGCAAACAGCACAUGUAGCAGAUUAGCAGUUUAGCUGCUACUAGCAAUGUGACCAGUGUUUUAACUUGAAACUACUGGUAUCGCUAUUAUUAUUAAAGAUGAUCAUUUGAAAGUAGCAAUGGUGUUGGACGGGGCAAUUUGUUUAUUUCGAGUCUUGUAUCAAUGCGUAAACACUCAAAACUUAAAAAUGUUUUUUUUUAUAUUUUUUACAUUUGUCUUACUGUUAAGUUAACAUUUAAAUAUUUUUCUAUGUUUAUCGUAUUUAAUUUGCUUUAUUUACUCAGUGUGUUAAUAAACAAAUGUCUAACCUUUUGUUUAUUUAAUUUUUAGUACAGAUAGUUUAAAACUGACUAGUUGAAAAAAAUAUAAAAAAUGGUGGUAUUAAUCAAUUUUGGAUGAACAA